AUGGGCCUCCAAGACACAGAGAUCGUUAUCCCAGGGACUGAGGUUGUCUACCGGGAGACCGACGGCGACUCUAAUUCCUCUCGCGAACUUGUUCUGAUACCCAAUCCGACCAACAAUGAAGAUGACCCGCUGAAUUGGAGCGUAACUUGGAAGACAAUUGUGAUCGUGAAUCAAUUCGUCUUCGUCUUCGUCAGCAUUCUGACGACUCUUUCUAUCGCCCCGUUAACCCAAAUCUUUGAGGCCGAGUUCCACAAAUCCAUCCCUCAGGUCAACCUACUAUUCGGUGUUGCCGCCAUAACGCUCGGCUAUGCCAACUUUAUCAUCGUACCUCUGGCAAACUGUUUCGGCCGGCGGCCCAUUGUCAUCAUUUGCGGAACAAUCUGUGUUCUCGCAAAUGUCUGGCAAGCUCUGGUAACAUCCUUUCCCAGCUUCAUCGGUGCCCGCGUUCUCUCUGGCCUCGGGGCUGGAGCCAACGAAUCGCUCAUGCCGAUGGUCAUAUGCGACUUGCUGUUUGUCCACCAACGGGGAAGAUCUAUGGCGCUGUACUUUUGGGCAUACUUUAUCGGUGUCUUUAUCGGACCCGUCAUCUCAGGAAGUAUUGCUGCUCAAUCUGGCUGGAGGUGGUUCUUCUGGGCCUGCGCUAUUCUUCAGGCCGCCAGUCUGGUCUUCCUCAUUAUUGCUCAUCCAGAGACCAAGUAUGAACGCCUUACUGUUUCAUCCGCCUCUGAGACCGAAACACAAUCUGGGAAUUCCAACGCAGCGGAUAAGCAAGUCGGCCCUCAAGCUCCUACACAUGGCCCCUCGACAACAUCCGGCCUGAGGCAUUUUGGUCGUCCCUCACUUGUACAAUUCUCACUGCUCCCCAUCCCGCGCUUCUCUCACGGCCUGGGUCAAAUCCUGCGUGACGUCGUCUCGCCCAUACAGAUAUUCUCUUUCCCAAUCGUUCUAUGGGCUUCUUUUACGAUGGGCUUCGCAGCAAACAGUGCCCUGGCGCUUAACCUCACAGAAUCGCAGGUCUUCGCCGCACCCCCCUACCUUUUCAACAGUGCACAGAUAGGAUACACCAACUUCGCGUUCGCUGUUGGAGCAGUCCUGGCAUUGUUGACGGCUGGGCCUCUGAGCGACUGGGUCGCCUUGCGGCGGGCAAAGCGCAACGGAGGGGUUCUAGAGGCCGAGAUGAGGCUGUUAAGCCUCGUGCCGUAUGUCGGGGCCUGUUUGGUCGGAAUGGUGGUGACUGCCGUUGGAUACCAAAGAGGGUGGCCGUGGGAAGCUGUGGUAAUAGUGGGAUAUGGUAUGGUGGGGCUUGAAACUGUUGGCAUACCGUCUAUUGUUAUUUCGUACGCUGUGGACAGUUAUAAAUCCCUACCAGGUGAGAUCAUGAUCGCGGCGACUGUUGUUAAAAACACAUUUGGGUUCGGGAUGGUCUUCUUCUUCAACGACUGGGCCGCGAAACAUGGCUUUAUUGCACCUUUGCUGACCUUGAUGGCCGCAACAGUCGGCCUGUCGGUCCUCGGACUAGCAGUUUUCAUACCAUAUGGAAAAAGGUUCCGAGUAGCUACUAAGAACUCAGCGCUGGUUAUUCUACAGCUGGUUAUCCUACAGCUGAUUAUCCUACAGCUGGUUAUCCUACAGCUGAUUAUCCUACAGCUGGUUAUCCUACAGCUGGUUAUCCUACAGCUAGUUAUCCUACAGCUGGUUAUCCUAUAUCUGGUUAUUGUAAUGGCGCCGUGGGCAGGUUGA